AGGUGGCAGUGCCCUGGCCCUCACCCUGGAGGUGACCGUGUCUUGGAGUCCCCUCUCGCCCUCCAGGGAGCUCUUCCAGAGGAGCUCAGCACCUUGCAUCCGCAGCCACCAGGGAGACCCCACGCCCGCCAUGGUUUCCGAGUUUGGACUCCCCAGCUUCAUCUCAGCCACCGAGCUGCUCCUGGCCUCUGCCGUCUUCUGCCUGGUGUUCUGGGCGGCUGGAGCCUCAAAACCUCGGGUCCCCAAAGGCCUGAAGAGUCUGCCGGGGCCCUGGGGCUGGCCCCUGCUCGGGCACGUGCUGACGCUGGGCAAGAACCCACACGUGGCGCUGGCGCGGCUGAGCCGGCGCUACGGGGACGUGUUCCAGAUCCACCUGGGCUCCACGCCCGUGGUGGUGCUCAGCGGCCUGGACACCAUCAAGCAGGCCUUGGUGCGGCAGGGCGACGACUUCAAGGGCCGGCCUGACCUCUACAGCUUCUCCAUCAUCAUUAAGGGCCAGAGCAUGACCUUCGGCUCAGACUCGGGGCCCCUGUGGGCUGCCCGCCGGCGCCUGGCCCAGAACGCCCUGAAGAGCUUCUCCAUCGCCUCCGACCCGGCCUCCUCCAGCUCCUGCUACCUGGAGGAGCACGUGAGCCAGGAGGCCGAGCACCUCAUUGGCAAGUUCCGGGAGCUGAUGGCGGCAGUGGGGCGCUUCGACCCCUACAGGUACGUGGUGGUGUCGGUGGCCAACGUCAUCUGUGCCAUGUGCUUCGGCCGGCGCUACGACCAUGACGACCAGGAGCUGCUGAGCCUCGUCAACCUGAGCGAUGAGUUCGGGAAGGUAGCGGCCUCCGGAAGCCCAGCCGACUUCUUCCCCAUCCUGCGCUACCUGCCCAACCCUGCCCUGGACACCUUCAAAGACCUGAACGAGAGGUUCUACAGUUUCACCCAGGAGAGGGUCAAGGAACACUGCAGAAGCUUUGAGAAGGGCCACAUCCGGGACAUCACAGACAGCCUGAUCGAGCACUACCAGGGGGACAGGCUGGACGAGAACGCCAACAUCCAAGUGUCGGACGAGAAGAUCGUUGCUAUCGUCUUGGACCUCUUUGGAGCUGGGUUUGACACCAUCACAACUGCCAUCUCCUGGAGCCUCAUGUACCUGGUGACCAAUCCCGGGGUACAGAGAAAGAUCCAGGAAGAGCUGGAUGCUGUGGUUGGCAGGGCGCGGCGGCCGCAGUUCUCGGACAGACCCCAGCUGCCCUACCUGGAUGCCUUCAUCCUGGAGACCUUCCGACACACCUCUUUCCUCCCCUUCACCAUCCCCCACAGCACCACAAGAGACACCAGUCUAGGUGGCUUUUACAUCCCCAAGGGACACUGUGUCUUCGUGAACCAGUGGCAGAUCAACCACGACCCGGAGCUGUGGGGUGACCCCGAAGCCUUCCGGCCCGAGCGGUUUCUCACCCCCAGCGGUGCGGUGGACAAGGUGCUGACGGAGAGGGUGCUGCUCUUCGGGCUGGGCAAGCGCAGGUGCAUCGGGGAGACCAUCGGCCGCCUGGAGGUCUUCCUCUUCCUGGCCACGCUGCUGCAGCAGGUGGAAUUCAGCGUGUCGCCCGGCGCGACGGUGGACAUGACCCCCAUCUACGGGCUGACCAUGAAGCACGCCCGCUGUGAACACUUCCAAGCAAAGCUGCGCUUCGAGGCCUAGACUCUGUGCCCCGGGCCUGACCGGGCAGCCUGUGCAGGGGGACCUGUGCAGGGGGCUGUACUUCCGCCUGAAGCUCACAGCCACUGGUCGCGCCGAUUCUGUGCUGUCUUGGCCGUGGGCAAACCGGAGGAACUCAGCCUGCCCCCUCCUCUGGACUUGUCCCUCUGCGUGUUGGCCGCGGUGGGGGCCCCACAGGAGCUGCUGGAGGGAGGAGGCCAUGAGGGCCUCUGAGGAACUCUGGAAGCCCCCACGCCCCACGGGUGGCAGGCCCCGUGUGGGUGCUGACUGGCUGGGGAAACACGAGAGUGGGCCCCAUCAGGGCCUGUGCAGCCUCGCUGACAACCCAGAGCAGCCAGGAGUGAAGGGUGAGACAGCCCAGGGUGCUGGCCCCCAGAGGGCUGAGCCGUGUGCCCUGGGGGUCUGGGACACUGGGCCUAUGGGACAAACAGGGCCUCCUCCUGGGAGCAGAGAGCGGAGCGGGUGCACGUGUCCGGGUGCCGGCACAGGGGCUGGUGUUCCCAGCGCCUUCUCCACGUCCCGUGUUAAAAUGUCUGUCUUUAACAUUAACGCCCUGUGAUGCGCUUGCCUGCUUGCUUAAGAGCCGUUUAUUGAGUGUAAUAGAGAGGAUUCUAACCAGCCGCGUGGCGGUGUGAAUAAACACACUACCCAGA